GUCAAGCAACAGAAUAGAUUUGACCGAUCAAAAUGAUUUUUUUCCGAGAAGAAAAGGUUAUAUUGAGAAGAGAAAAAUAUGUACAGAGUGAUGACUUAGUCAAACGUUGAAUUUUUCUUCUUCUACUUCGAUCAAUCGGCUCUUCCAUCUAUCUGAUUAUGUUAUGGGUUGAAGGGAUAGCAGCAUAGGGUUUCGGUAUCCACCAUCAUGAGAUAGAGAUAAGUGAUUUAGAGGUUUCUUCUGGGCUCCGUCACCAAAAGCUUCUCAUGUUGCUAUUACUAAAGUGGAAUCAGUUUUGGAGAAGGGAGAGGGAUCUGGUGGAGGAAACAGUUCUGCUACAACCGUGCAAGCCGAUUCAAAUGCUCAGCCAUCAGCAUUCUCUGUCAGUUUGCAAACUGCUGGUAAUCUGCAAGGGUCAGGUAGAGGUGGUCUUUCUCAGUCCGAAAAUGUGGAUUCUAAUGUCUUUUGGUCUGCAUCAUGUACAUUUGUUGCUCAGUCUUCUGUCUCUCAUACUGUAUUCACAAGCUCUGGGUUUAUUUUUAAACUCUUCUGCUGAAAUGUGUUACACCUCAAAUAUGUUUAUAAAUCCGGUCUCUGAGAAUGUUGGCUUAGAAAAUUCAAGUAUUGGGGAUUGUAUUGAUAAAGCAGUAGUGCUCGAACCAACUCCUUUAGCUGUGUUACCCCCUGAACCUCUCAUCUCUAAAGAAGAAUUAGAAAAUGAAGUUAAUCUCAUGAUGGUGGAUUCGAUGGACUCUAUGGAUGCUGAUCCUCCUUCUACUCAUGACCUCGGGAUAUGUUCUUUCCUUCAAGGGGUAUUCGGCAAGGGGAUUGUCUUUCUCUGUAUAUUUUUUCAUGUGUAUGGAGGCACAAUAAAAGGCACUAGAGCAGACUUUGGACUGAUUCCUGAUGCGGUUGGAGCUGAAGUAACUGCACUUUUUUUGGGUAUCACUUGGACACAAGAGUUGAAGCUUUCCAAAGUCACUUUUGUUAGCGACUGUCUCCAAAUGGUGGAUUUUGUGAAUAGAGACUGUACAAAUAUCGGGUGGUGGUGUAGUGAUGUCUUGUCUGCCUGUCGUAGCUUGAUGGCUAGAAGUACUACUUUUAAGCAUGUGUACAUUAAUCUCGUGAAAAACAAUGUAGCUGAUAAGCUUGCUAGAAAAGCUAGAAAAUGUUGUAUUAAAAACAUAUGGGCUACUUUUCCUUCUUUUUUGGAUGGUCUUGUAAGAAAAGAGCCCUUAAGUGCACUCUGUAACUUUCUUCUAGCUUAAUAUAUUUUGGUGUUUCUUAGAA